AUGCCUGUUCGCAGAGGGCAUGUGGCACCACAAAAUACAUUUUUGGGUACAAUCAUACGAAAAUUUGAAGGGCAAAAUAAAAAAUUCAUCAUUGCUAAUGCUAGAGUGCAGAACUGUGCUAUCAUCUACUGCAAUGAUGGGUUUUGUGAGAUGACUGGAUUCUCCAGACCAGAUGUCAUGCAGAAACCUUGCACCUGUGAUUUCCUUCAUGGGCCAGAGACCAAAAGGCAUCACAUUGCCCAAAUUGCCCAGGCACUGCUUGGGUCAGAGGAGAGGAAAGUGGAAGUCACUUAUUAUCACAAAGAUGGGUCCACCUUCAUUUGCAACACCCACAUAAUCCCAGUGAAAAAUCAAGAAGGAGUAGCUAUGAUGUUUAUUAUUAACUUUGAGUAUGUAACAGAUGAUGAGAAUGCGGAGUCUCUCGAGAAGUUCAACCCGAUAUUGCCAGCCAGACUUGUAAACCGCAAACUUUUUGGAUUCAAGUUACCUGGACUGAGACUCUUAACAUACAGAAAGCAGUCCUUACCACAGGAAGACCCUGAUGCAGUUGUAGUAGAUUCAUCUAAGCACAGUGAUGACUCAGUGGCUAUGAAGCGCUUUAAAUCCCCCACAAAAGAAAGCUGUAGCCCUUCUGAAGUGGAUGACACAAAAGCACUGAUACAGCCCAGCAAAUGUUCUCCUUUGGUUAAUAUAUCAGGACCUCUUGACCAUUCUUCACCUAAACGGCAAUGGGACCAACUUUACCCAGACACGCUGCAGACAAGUAAACCACUAACUCAUUCCAGAUCAAAGGAAAGCAUUUGUAGUAUAAGGAGAGCAUCUUCAGUACAUGAUAUAGAAGGAUUUAACGUCCAUCCUAAAAACGUUUUUAGGGAUCGUCAUGCAAGUGAAGACAAUGGUCGCAAUGUCAAAGGGCCUUUCAAUCAUAUCAAGUCAAGUCUAUUGGGAUCCACAUCGGAUUCGAACCUCAACAAAUAUAGCACCAUCAACAAAAUUCCACAGCUCACUCUGAACUUUUCAGAUAUCAAAAAUGACAAAAAGUCUUCAUCGCCUCCUUCUUCGGAGAAAACAAUUAUUGCACCCAAGGUGAAAGAUCGAACGCACAAUGUAACAGAGAAGGUUACCCAGGUUCUAUCCUUAGGAGCAGAUGUUCUGCCAGAAUAUAAACUCCAGACACCUCGCAUCAACAAGUUUACUAUAUUGCACUACAGUCCUUUCAAAGCAGUCUGGGACUGGCUCAUCUUGUUGCUGGUGAUAUAUACUGCCAUAUUCACCCCUUACUCUGCGGCCUUCCUUCUGAAUGAUAGCGAAGAACAGAAGAGACGAGUGUGUGGAUAUUCUUGCAGCCCACUGAAUGUGGUAGACUUAAUUGUGGAUAUUAUGUUUAUCAUUGACAUUCUAAUAAACUUCAGAACAACAUAUGUAAACCAGAAUGAAGAAGUGGUAAGUGACCCAGCAAAAAUAGCAAUUCACUACUUCAAAGGCUGGUUCCUAAUUGACAUGGUUGCUGCAAUACCUUUUGACCUGCUGAUUUUUGGAUCUGGCUCUGAUGAGACAACAACGUUAAUCGGUCUUCUGAAGACAGCUAGGCUGCUGCGUUUGGUGAGGGUUGCACGGAAAUUGGACAGAUAUUCAGAAUAUGGUGCUGCAGUUCUGAUGCUCCUUAUGUGCAUAUUUGCACUAAUUGCACACUGGCUUGCUUGCAUUUGGUAUGCCAUUGGGAAUGUAGAAAGGCCGUACUUGAUUAAAAAAAUCGGCUGGUUGGAUUCUCUAGGAGAACAAUUAGGAAAACCCUACAAUGUGACUGAUCAAAGCUCUGGACCAUCCAUCAAGGACAAAUAUGUUACCGCACUUUAUUUUACCUUCAGCAGUCUGACAAGCGUAGGGUUUGGAAAUGUAUCUCCUAACACCAACUCAGAGAAAAUCUUUUCCAUUUGUGUCAUGUUGAUUGGCUCAUUAAUGUAUGCGAGUAUUUUUGGAAAUGUAUCUGCAAUAAUCCAAAGACUGUAUUCGGGAACUGCACGGUAUCACAUGCAGAUGCUGCGAGUAAAAGAGUUUAUACGCUUUCAUCAAAUCCCCAACCCUUUGCGGCAGCGGCUCGAGGAGUACUUCCAGCAUGCGUGGACAUACACCAAUGGCAUUGACAUGAACAUGGUCCUAAAGGGGUUUCCAGAAUGCUUACAAGCUGACAUUUGUCUACACCUCAACCAAAACUUGCUUCAGAACUGCAAAGCUUUCCAGGGGGCCAGUAAAGGUUGUCUCCGAGCUUUAGCUAUGAAGUUUAAGACAACCCAUGCUCCUCCUGGUGACACCUUAGUCCACUGUGGUGAUGUUCUCACAGCUCUUUACUUCCUGUCAAGAGGCUCCAUUGAAAUCCUCAAGAAUGACAUUGUUGUAGCCAUUCUUGGUAAAAAUGAUAUUUUUGGAGAGAUGGUACAUCUUUAUGCAAAACCAGGGAAAUCAAAUGCAGAUGUGAGAGCUUUAACCUACUGUGACUUGCAUAAGAUCCAGCGAGAAGACCUACUAGAGGUUUUGGAUAUGUAUCCUGAAUUUUCUGAUCUCUUUCUCACCAAUCUAGAACUGACUUUUAAUCUGAGACACGAAACUUCAAAGGCUGAUCUCAUAAUAAGAUCACAAACCACUAAUGAUUCGGAUGGAGAUAACUGCAAACUUCGAAGAAGGAAAUUGUCCUUUGAAAGUGAAGUAGAGAAAGAAAACAAUCAGAAUGAUCCUGAAGACUCCGUGGAUAAUACUAGACAUUAUCAGUGUACCAAGAAACACUUUGAAGAGAAGAAAAGUGAGUCAUCAUCUUUGGUAUCAUCCAUUGAAGAUGAGCAGAAACCUCUCUUCUCUGAAAUAAUCAAUUACCCAUCAAUGAUAGGGAAAACUACAGGGCUGGACUUCGAAGAAGUGGUGCGUGCAACAGAAAGGAUCCAUAUUGACAAAAGAAGCCAUUCUUGCAGAGACAUCAGUGAUAAAAGAAACUGGGAGUGGGAAAACACCAAGGGGCACCAGGACGUCUCCAGACAGUCAGCAUUACCUCAUGUUACAUGGGGCAUCUGUGAAACUGAAAGUGAGCUGACCUAUGGGGAAGUGGAGCACCGGCUAGAUUUACUUCAAGAACAACUCAACAGGCUUGAAUCCCAAAUGACUGCUGACAUUCAAACCAUCCUGCAGCUUCUGCAGAGGCAGUCAACACUCAUUCCACCUGCAUAUAGUAUAGUGACUGCAAGUGCAGAAUAUCAACAGCCAGCUAUCCGGGUGAUGCAAAGCCUUCAUCCUGUAGUAUCUAUUAAAACAGAUAGAAGCUUCAGUCCUUCAUCACAGUGUCCUGAAUUUCUAGACCUUGAAAAAUCGAAACUUAAAUCCAAAGAAUCCCUCUCAAGUGGAGUGCAUCUUAACACGGCCUCAGAAGACAAUUUGGCUUCUUUUUUAGAACAAGAACAUGACCAGUCGUUAGAGUUUCACCCACAGCAUUAUAAAACUUAUCUUCAUUCCAUUAGGCAUCCUUCCUUGCCAGAUUCUUCCCUAAACACUAUAGGAAUCUUGGGUCUUCAUAGGCAUGUUUCUGAUCCUGGUCUUCCUGGGAAAUAA